AUGGGAAAAUCCACCGGAAAAGGAUCGCUCUCACUUUGGACUCAUUAUCUAAACACUUCUCAAAUCGUAACGAAUUACUCAAGCGAUUACUACACCGGACCUGCGGUGAAGGCAGGUGCAGGAGUCAUUGCUGGUUUUCUCUACAAGAUUGUAUUCGAUGCGGGCUAUCGCGUCGUCGGCGGCACAUGCGCAAGCGUUGGCAUUGCCGGAGGUUAUGCGGCCGGGGGCGGCCAUUCGCUCAUUAAUGGUCUUUAUGGUAUGGCUGCCGACAAUGUGCUGGAGUGGGAGGUGGUAACAGCCCAAGGAGAACACAUCAUUGCGACACCAAACAACCAGAUUCACCCCGAUGGCGAGAUUGGCGGGGCAUCGUUGACAUAUAACGGCUCGAAUGUAGAUGCCGAUGUAUUUUGGAACGCUAUCGAGGCCUGGUAUGCAUACCUGCCGUCAUACACAGAUGGGCUGAACGGCGGCAACACCGUUGAGUUUGAGAUCACCGCAACUACAUUCAGCGCCAUCAGCUUCACGAUCCCUGGUGCUAGUACAAGCGACAUCGAUAUUUUGCUUGACUCUUAUCUGAAGCAGCUCCAGGACCUUGGUAUAGAGUAUUAA